ACGGAAAUAGCUAAUCUAUACAAGUCAAGCACAAGUGCAUUCUACAUUCUAUAACUGUAUGAUGCAUUGUAAGCUUGUUUGAUUUCUUGUGAGCACAGGAAGUAGAUGCAUUAACUCACUGGCAAUAAAAGAAGUCUAAACGAGUGACUUUUGUCAUUUUCUUGAUGUUUCUUCACUUCAAAAUAAGGCAAAAUUGCCAAAAGAUUUAUACAUACUUUUUAAUGUGCAUUAUCUUAAUAGAUAAAUGUGUAUACUUAUGUUUGUCAUAAUAAAUAACUGAUAAAUAAAUAAUUAAGAGCUGAAACAUUUCUUUUUAAUUGGUGUGCCAACGUUUAAUGAAAGUGUCCACUACCUGCGUAUUGAUACAAAUAAAAAUAUUUGUUACAGAAAGUAAAUCGGAACAAAAUGAAGAUUGUUAGUGAGGUUUUUGUUUUAUUUCAACUAUACGUACACGUCAUUGACGGAAUUGUAUAUGCAGGAUACAAUAAUGUUACCAAAAAGGAGGGAAUAAGGUCGAUAGAUAGGUACCGAUGUGCUGUAACUUACGUCGGGUUCGAAUAUAUUGGCCACGUAUUAUCACCGGGCGGCGUGUGCACGGGAGUCCAGUACGGUGGGCCAGGCGAUGUAUCACCAGCGUCGGAAUAUCUAAAGAAAACCUGGAAUUGCAAAGUCUUUGACUCUUCGAUUAGCAGUAACAAUAUUUAUACUUACUAUACGGCACCAAUACCUGGUGAACUGGUAACCGGAAGUAGCAUUGAAAUUGUGUUUGUACCCCAGGAACCAUGGAACCACACUGCUUUAGACCUUUUUGACGACACCGAAACAGAUAUCAUCUUUCAUACAAAAUUUCGUAGAGAUGGUAACAGAAUCAAUUUCAAUUCUCGGUUCUCAGGCGAAUGGCAAAGGGAUGAAAAUGCUAGUGGCGUCGAUAUUACAUCUGACAGUGAUGCAACGUUAACGGUGGAAGUACUUACAGAUGCAUUUAAGGUGUCUGUGAACGGCAGAGAGAGGAUGAGAUAUCAAUUUGUUUUAAGUCCAAAUACGACACGAAUGAUAAAUUUCUCUGCUGUUAAUGGGUACACUAACUUGUUAAAGAGCAUUUGUUUCAAAAACUUAUAAACGUUAGUCCAAAGACAAAAGGCAGACACAACAAUGUAUUUGAUUACAAAGAAUAAUAAUAUAUUGUAUAAAAAAACAAACUGGAAUGACUUACACGUUAGUAUAGCUAACAUAUAAUUGGUGACAGUGAAUAAAUUGUAUUACAUGUAUAUGGUUAUGAUUUGAUUUCAAUAACAUGUAUUUCUUUGAAUUUUCGAUGAAAUUUGCGGAAAAAAGUCAGUGAAUUUGAUUUAAGAAGUGCACUGUUGUAUUUUCUUGCAAAACUGAAGCUACGAUAUCUGAAAAUUGUUUAACCAUAUUUCUUUUUGUUUUUACAAAAGUACACAGCAUUUAUAAACUAGCAGACAAAAUCGCCGUUCAAGCUAAAACGCCAAUACCAUGUGGGCAUAUGGAAUUUUCCAAUAAAAAUAAACGCAUUAAUUUUAAUGAUAACAUAAAAUGUGAACAAAUAGAUGCAGUACAUAUUUUACAUAGUCUUCGAUGUUUGAAGAUUGUUUUAGAAGCAUUAUUAUAUACAUAUACGAACACAUUUCACUUAUAUAUACAUAUAUGAAAUUUUAAAUGUGGUUACAACCUUGAUUACAACAUACAGGAUCUUUAAUAAACUAUAUACAUGUACGAA